AAUAGGAGGAGUAAUUUCUCUGACAAUUUGUGAAAUUAUGGAAAGUAAACAAUACAUCCAAACAAAUAAAUAAGAAUAAUAAACAAAACUGAUAAAAAACCAAUAACGAUAGCAAGGUCAAGCAUAGGGGUCACCAAUCACCAUCAUCUCGAUAAGAGAAUCUAUAAAAAAAAAUUAUCAUCUUAUUAAGGGAAACUUCUGCUAAGUACAUAGGUAGUAUUUUAUUGGAUAUAUAAUUAACAAAUAUCCCCGAUUCAAACACACAAAAAAUAGAGAGAACCAAUAGCCGAUUAUAUUAUAAAUAGCCGAACUCCCUGAUAUAUGUUGGUUAAGUAGAGGCAUUACACACAUAGUCGAGAAAGGUAGAAAAUAAAAUAAUUGCAAACAAAGAUGAAACGAAAGAGAUGUGAAAUGGAAGAGACAACCAAGAAGAAGAAGAUGACAGAGAUUGGAUCUGCCAUUGAAGAACUCUCUGUUCUCUCCAUAGCCAAGACCACAAUAGUUACCACCGAAACCGAAGCCACUACAAAUAUCAUCAAUUUACCUUUAAAGCCUCUCCUCUCUUUCUGCAGAUUAAUCGUCCAAGUUCUUGAUAAGAUUGGCCCGACAAUGGCUGUUCUCCGACAAGACAUUGAUCAAAAUAUUCAAAGGCUAGAGAAGAUGUGGGAAUCUGAUCCUCUUUUGUACUCAAAUUUGGUUGAGAUACUGAGACAAGAAGCGAAGGAGGGAUCCUCUAGGAAACCUAAAAGCUGUAGCAGAGCUGCUCUUUGGCUAACGAGAGCGAUGGAUUUUACGUUAGCGCUACUGCAACGGUUGGUGAAGGACAUGUCACAAAACAUGGAACAAGCCAUAGAAGAGUCUUAUAAUUUGACUAUAAAACCAUGGCAUGGAUGGAUCUCUUCUGCUGCUUUUAAGGUGGCUCUUAAACUGGUUCCAAACAACAGCACAUUCAUCAAUGUGCUUGCGGGAAAAGACGAGACUCACCAAAUGGUCCAAGAUGAUAUAACAAGUCUAAUUUCAUUGCUCAUUCCACUCCUAAACCAACUUCAUUCUAUUUUAGUAAGAUUUAUAAUUUCCUUUUCUUCAAUAGUUUUUAUGUAUUUCUUUAAGAUUAAUUUUGAUUUUGAUUUAUUUUCUUUGGGGUACGUAGGAAUUAUACGAAGUGAGCAAACUAAAGUCGCCGUGAGAAAGAGAACUGAAGAGAAAGGACUGAAGGAGCCAUAUAUGGAAAGCCUAGAGAUCCCCUACACCACCUAUAGCUAGAAUCAUUCAUGAUUCAAUUCCUACUCAAGUUUUGGUGUACCAUCCUCAUGUGAACUCACAGAGCAAAGGCGACUUCCCUUUUUCCGAGCCGAAAUAGAUCAAAUCACAAAGUUUUGGUGUACCUUACCUCAUGUGAACUCACAGAGCCAAGACGACUUCCCUUUUGCCCAUCCAGAAGCUUCCUGAAUGAACUUGGACAUCCCAAAAGAGCACCAGUAUUUGCUCAAGUUGUCAAGACUCAACACAUCAACACUUAUCAUAUUUGGUCAAGAUCCUUCAAUCAAUAGAAGAGGAUCUCUCAAUCCUACAUUUCAAUUUAAUUUGUGAUUUCUUUUGUUUUAUUAGCUUAGUUACCGUUACACUCAGAAUCUCUGUAAGCUCAUCAUUGUAGUUUGUUUUAUUCACCCUUUAUCG